CGGCGCCCUCGGGCCAUGGCGACCCAGGCGAAGCGCCGGCGGGUGGCGGGGCCUGCGGGUGCCGGCGACGCGGACCCGGACCCGGUGGCCGGCUUCCUGAGCUGGUGCCGGCGGGUGGGGCUGGAGCUGAGUCCCAAGGUGGCGGUGAGACGGCGGGGCACGGUGGCCGGCUACGGCAUGGUGGCCCAGGAGAGCGUGCAGCCCGGGGAGCUGCUGUUCGCGGUGCCGCGGGCCGCGCUCCUGUCGCAGUACACCUGCUCCAUCAGCGGCCUGCUGGAGCGAGAGCGAGGCGCGCUGCAGAGCCAGUCGGGUUGGGUACCGCUGCUGCUGGCGCUGCUGCACGAGCUGCAGGCCCCGGCCUCGCCCUGGAGCCCCUACUUUGCCCUCUGGCCCGAGCUGGGCCGCUUGGAGCACCCGAUGUUCUGGCCAGAGGAGCAGCGCCGGCAAUUGCUGCAGGGCACAGGCGUACCUGAGGCCGUGGAGAAGGAUUUGGCCAACAUCCGCGGCGAGUACUAUUCCAUCGUGCUGCCCUUCAUGGAAGCCCACUCUGAUCUUUUCAGCCCCAGGGUUCGCUCCCUGGAACUCUACCACCAGCUGGUAGCUCUUGUGAUGGCCUACAGCUUUCAGGAACCACUGGAGGAAGAGGAGGAUGAAAAGGAGGCAAACUCUCCUUUGAUGGUGCCUGCUGCAGACAUACUAAACCACUUAGCCAAUCACAAUGCCAAUCUAGAAUACUCUCCAAAUUGUCUUCGGAUGGUGGCCACUCAGCCCAUUCCUAAAGGCCAUGAGAUUUUCAACACUUAUGGGCAAAUGGCUAAUUGGCAACUAAUUCAUAUGUACGGUUUUGUUGAACCAUAUCCUGACAACACGGAUGACACAGCUGACAUUCAGAUGGUGACAGUUCGUGAAGCAGCAUUACAGGGAACAAAAGUUGAAGCUGAAAAGCUCCUACUGUAUGAACGCUGGGAGUUCUUAUGCAAGCUGGAGAUGGUGGGGGAAGAGGGAGCCUUUGUGAUUGGGCGGAAGGAAGUGCUGACUGAAGAGGAACUGACUGCCACACUCAAGGUACUGUGCAUGCCUGCUGAGGAGUUCAGGGAGUUUAAAGACCAGGAUGGAUGGGCAGAUGAUAAAAAGGAAGAGGACAGCCUGACAAUCACAAAUAUCCCCAAGCUCAAAGCAUCCUGGAGACAGCUUCUGCGCGACAGUGUUUUAUUGACCCUGCAAACCUAUGCCACAGACUUAAAAGCGGAUCAAGAUUUACUCAGUAAUAAGGAGGUCUACGCCAAACUCAGCUGGAGGGAACAGCAGGCCUUACAGGUUCGUUAUGGGCAGAAGAUGAUCUUACACCAGUUGUUGGAAUUAACAAGUUAGCAGGUUUCCUAUUAGCUGAAGAACCUCCAUGAGAAGACAUAUUUUUAUUCUGAUAGUCAUCGAUGCUUGAAAAGAAGGAAAAUUUGGACCUUUUGCUUUGCUUUUCUUAUAAAUAACAAAAGGAAAAGUAGUAAAGGUGUGGUGCUAGGAUUAACUCGGAGGUAAGGGUGACAUAUUUAAGGAUUGGGAAUCACUGCUAAUUGUUUCUAAGACCAAUAAAUUUUAUAGCUGUUUUGUUCUCA